AAUUGACAAUCAUAAAAAGCAAAAAUCCAUGAAAAAUGAAAUCCAAAUCAAACAAAACCCACACUAUCGCACACUUCCCAUUUCUUAUCCGAAUUAACCAAAAAUGGGCGGCCGGAAAGGUGAGAUUUCUUCAACUUCCGGCCUCCAAGUCCCCUUAAUUAAACACCUCCAUCCUCCCAAUAAAUCCAAAACAAAUUACUUCGCUUUCCUUUGUUCAAUCGUUGCUUCCAUGUCUUCCGUUUUGGUUGGUUACGAUAUCGGUGUAAUGAGUGGAGCUGCAAUCUACAUACAACAAGAUUUCAACAUCUCUGAUGUGCAGGUGGAAAUUCUGGUCGGAAUCAUCAGCCUUUACGCCAUUAUAGGCGCCGCCGCCGCUGGCAUAACCUCUGAUUGGCUCGGCCGCCGGUACACCAUUGUUCUCUGUGCUGUCUUGUUCUUUGUCGGAGCUAUUCUCAUGGGUUUCGCCCCAAAUUACGCCUUCCUCAUGUCCGGCCGAUUUGUCAUCGGCAUCGCUGCCGGAUCUGCCGUGUUGAUUGCCUCUGUGUACACUGCAGAGGUUGCUCCGACAUCAUCUCGCGGCUGCCUCUCCACUUUUCCUGAGGUGUUUCUUAACGUCGGCAUUUUGCUUGGAUACAUUUCGAAUUUUGCAUUCUCCAAGCUUCCAACUCGUUUGGGGUGGCGAUUUAUGCUCGGAAUCGGUUUAAUUCCGUCAAUGUUCUUAGCUGCCAUCGUGAUUCUGAUAAUGCCGGAAUCCCCACGGUGGUUGGUAAUGCAGGGCCGAAUCAACGAAGCCAAACAAGUCCUCAUCAGAACCUCAGAUUCCAUCGAAGAAUCUCUACAGCGCUUAGCCGACAUCAAAACCGUCGUCGGAAUUCCGGCGAGUUGUGAAGACAAUGUCGUUCAAAUCCCAAAACAGACCACCCACGGUAGCAGCGUUUGGAAGGAGCUAUUCCUUCACCCAACGUCUGCUGUCCUCCACAUUCUUAUCACCGCCAUCGGUGUCAAUUUUUUCGUAGAGGCCACCGGCAUGGGCGCCGUCGUUUCAUACAGUCCUAGAAUCUUCGAGAAGGCCGGAAUCUCAUCCUCCGACCACAAGCUUCUAACCACGAUGGGCGUCGGCUUGACAAAGACCAUUUUCGUUUUGAUCGCCACUGUCUUGUUUGACAAGAUCGGACGACGGCCAUUGAUUCUGACGAGCAUCGCCGGAAAAACGAUAUCGUUAAUUGUUUUAGGGUCAGGGAUGACGAUAAUUGAGGCAUCGCACGAGCAAGUCACGUGGGCGGUGGGAUUGUGCAUUGCCAUGGUGUUAUCCGACGUGGCUUUUUAUUCUAUGGGGAUGGGACCCAUGUGUUACGUCAUUUCAGAGAUUUUUCCGUUGAAGCUACGUGCUCAAGGAAUGAGCGUGGGGAUGAUUACAAAUAGAAUUAUGGGUGCAAUUAUUACAAUGACGUUUUUGUCCUUGUACCGUGCAAUUUCAAUUGGAGGUGCGUUCUUCCUCUAUGCUGCCAUUGCAGCAGUGGGUUGGGUGUUUUUUUACAUUGUGUUCCCAGAGACGCGGGGGAUAGAGUUGGAGGAUGUAGAGGGGCUUUUUGGUAAUUUUCUAUGGAAGUUCUCUAACAAGGAGGAUGAUAUUGAAUGAUGUCGGACAUCAAUGAAAGAAAAAAUACUUUGGAGUACACUUAUUAUAUAUAAGUGUGUGUAUAUAUAUAUGAAUGUAUGUAUCUAUUAUCUUUCUUUGUGAUUGAAGAAGAUGCCUGAAGAUAUGACAGUCCGAGUUGCACUCAAA